CCAGCGGGAGCAGCAUGUUCUUCCCGACGGACCGCGCAGCCUUCCGGCGGUACGAAGAGGAAGCGCUAGCUGCGCGGAAGAAGCGCUUGGCGACGAUCGAGAGCAUGAAGCUCCGGGAAGAGACGCCGUUCGACGUCGACUACACCAGCAAGGAAGACGAUCAUCACGCAGCCUUGGACGAACUGUGGCGAGCGCUUGUCGCUGACCGUCCGGCGAGCUCUACGAGAGCUCCAUGGCUCUUCGAGACGACGGAUCAGCGCUUCCCAACGCAUGAAGACACGAUGCAGCGGCCUGUUGAGGCCCUGUGCAUACCACUCCAGCGCAGUGGCAACGAAGAGCUUGACGGAAGCGAAGCACAAGAUGAUGAAGACCCCCUCGAAGAGAUCGAAUUACGAUGGGCUUCCCCCAUGGACGGCGCCAAACCAUGCACACCAUCAAGAGACGGCGACAUCCUGGCCUAUGCAGUCGCAAAUGGUCUUGGCGACAUUGACUUCGCGUGGCAUGAGGAUGCGUGCUGCUGGAGCGCCUUGGUCGAUACCUCGCAGCACGUCGUCUGCACCACGCCUUCGACCUCCGAGCUCGACGCCUUUCCGCAGUCCAAUGACGACGACGACGUCAUUGAGAUCUGCAGCUUGGACGAACCGCUUGCGCUUGCAUCGGACAACGCCAUAUUGUGCGAGGAAGCGUAUCCGCUCGAGAUCAUCCGCAACAUCUACACCUCUCGCAUGUCCAACUCCAAGCUAUCGAUUCCGUGCCUCCUGGACAUGGUGCCCCAAAGCCUCAAUGCUAUGGUCGACGCGCUGCAUACGGUCCCGGUCGAGCGACGACCAAAUCCCGCUGUCGACGGCCUUGAUGUAGCACCAGGAGGGCCCGACGGUGCUUCCGAGGAUGACGACGCUCUACGAUUUCAGUCGGCCGACGAUCCGCUGGCCAUGUAUAGCAUCAUUGGCUCGGCACCCGCGGCAAGCAGAGCCGAUGCGCACUAUCGCAAGGCCAUUCUUGACUGCGAUCAGUUCCACGUGUCUGCCCACCCGCCAAGCCUCUUUGAUGCAUGGCCAGCGCACUUGAAGAAUCAUUGGUGCGAUAUUGCGCCGGAAGCCUCGGCGACCAAGUCCGACACGGUGGUCGUCCAGCAACUGGAAGUGCCACGCCUCAAAGCGACUUUGAUGGUUCCGUCAGAGGCCCUCCAAGCAAGGGCGAUGCUGCAUCAAGCCAUGACGCCAACUGAUGUCAUCAUUUGCCCGACCAUCGUUGCCAUGGAAUUGCCCAUGGUCUGGUCCAAGGACGCACACGAGUUCACAGAAGAGCUGGAUGCGCCGACGAUAAGCGCAACGGACGAGCACAUUGCCAGCACGUUGAAACGAUCGCAGACAGACGACCGCGGUGAUUACUCCCGAGCGGCGAAGCGUCCGAAGAGCAGCAAAGCCAUCGCGUACAAGCUGCAGGACGAGCAUGAGACAACGAUCGGCCUCGUGAACUUGGGCGAUGACGAACAAGGCGUCAGUGAUGAUUCCUCACCGUCGAGCAGCGAAGAACUGCUCACAUCGCUCCAAACGUUUGUGCUGCACGCGGCUCGACCCGUCAUCUGGAAGCUUGUCAAGUGCGGUCAGUUUCGGUACCAAGAAACAAAGACCAAGUCGGCCUUGGAGCACCUCGCCUUGUCCACGCUCGAGGCGAUGGAAUUGGCCAAGGUGGACGUUCUUGGAGCGCGCCGAAGCCCCGACAUCAUGGAGCGGUGUCACAACCUUGGCGAGUUGAUUUACCUGCACACCCUCCGGCUUUUGUGGCACGUUUUGCAAGAGCACGGCGUCUCGGGCGGGGUCAUGCUCUUGGAAGCUUGCCUCUCCAGCGAAGUAUACCAAAAGACGCUCCGAAAGUCCCACAUGUCGACGCUACACUCGAUGCUGCAGCUUGUGGCGCCUUCCCCGGAAAUCUCAAACGAUUUCACACCCGAGAAGAACGAACGUGAGCGCUGCGGGUCGCCCGUGCGCGAACAGCCGAUUGUGCUCCUGUGCGCCGAGGAUUUUCCAUACCGAGAGCACGUCUCGGCCCAAGGCAGACAAUUGGUUCCCCGACCCCUCGACAGCCCGUUGGGCCUCGUAUUGGAUACCAGCACGGGGCUUUGUGUAGCGCCGCUUGCCAUCUUUCUGGACGACGGGUUAGCGCAGAUGUACGCCUACAAACUCGCAGAGCACCAGACCGUCUUCACCAAGAUCUGGGUCGUGCUGGGUACGCACUUCUCGUUGCUGGCUUGCUGCACCCUGAAUGACUUUUGCUCGCUGACAGAGCUGCACUCGCUCUCCGACUGUUCGACCUCUGAGAAACAAGUGGUUGAAGCCCAUGUCCAAGCGUUCACGGCCUCGACGAGUCAGUUCACGGCCAAUGUCAUCACUCUGAUGAGUCACUGCCCCGAGGACACGCUGCACUUUGUGUCGACUGCGAUUGCCGCGUCGGAUCGCCAGCCGACGAUGCUAUCGCUGGACCAGGACGAGUCGGGCUUUGAGCGGUUCCUCGUUUCGACCAAGGCCGUCAACGCACUUGGCGCCCACUACAUCAUGCAGCAUCGAUCGAUGGCGACGAUCCUGGAUACCAAGAGCGCGCCGCCUUUGCCCGACGCCAUGGCGACCCAGUGGACGCGGCUGCACGAGUCGGAUCUUGCACCAAGACCACGGCCUCGCCAUGUCCCACGACGACGCCUCCUCGUCCGACGAGUAGCAGCAGACACCGCGCAUUGCACUUGCAUUUCCCAAUAAGAUCGCGU